AUGUACAAGGAAAGAAUGAAUACACAAGUAGAAGUGGCAUCCACACGGAAAUGUUUUGUAUGUGAGGUGUGUGGCAAGGAAUUGUCUCUAAAGAGUCACGUCAGCAUUCACAUGAGACUACAUACGAAGGAGAAGCCAUUCACAUCCAAAAGCGACCUAGUAAAACACGUUGACAUACAUACAAAGAAGAAUCCAUACACCUGUGAGAUUUGCACCAAGGCCUUUCCAUAUAAAUUAAGGUUUUUGAGCCAUAUGAUCAUGCACACAGAGGAGAAACCAUACAGCUUUGAAUUUGCAAAAAAAACCUUUUCACGGAAAGUUACUGGUGAAAACGACGUUUUUGAUUUAGGGGUGUUGGCUAUCAACCAUCCCCACAGGCAGUGUCUGAAGGGCACACCAGUAAAGGAUGAUAAUGCCAAGGAAAGAAUAUUUGAUAUUCACAUAACCCAUUUGCAGCAGCAGACCUGUAAUGGCCAAUCUAUGUGUUUAUGCACAGAUGGCUAUUAG